AUUAAAAUAAUUAUUAUAAUAAGAAUUUUAUGCAUGUCAAUAUCCAACCCAAUUUCAAUAUUAAUUUCCCUAAUUUUAUUAACAUUAUUUCUUUCAAUUUCAUUUUAUUUUCUCUUUCAAUUUUCAUUAAUUUCUUUAUUAAUAAUUUUAAUUAUUUUAGGGGGGAUAUUAAUUAUCUUUAUAUAUAUAAUUAGACUAUGCCCUAAUUAUAAGAUUAUUGUAAAUAAAAAAAUAAUUAUAUUCUCAAUUUUUAUAACAAGUCUCAUUUCUUUUCCAACAUAUAUAAUAAAUUUUGAAAUAAUUAAUAUUAGUAAAAUUUAUUUCAUAAAUUUUACUAAUAUAUUAAUUAUAAUAAUAAUUUUUCUUAUUAUCUCUUUAAUAAUUAUUUCAAAAAAUUUAAAUUGAAUUAACUGUCCAAUUAAAAAAUAUAAUUAA